AUGGAGGCCUUGGAGAAAUUAUUCCAAAAUGCUGCUACAAAACAGAUCCUUCCCAGUGAUUCGAUCAAAGAUGAUGACAGGAAUCAGUAUUCAGCACCUCAUUUUGUUGUUCAACCGUCGUUUACUGGCGGUGUGGUGACAGAAAGACAGUCCAAGAUUUUACAGUGCCAAGCUAAUGGUUUCCCACCUCCAGAAUUCCUGUGGUACAGAAAUGGUCAACCUCUGGGAAAUUUCUCACAAGACCCUCGUCUACGCCUCACACAGAUCACUAGAGAAAAUAGUGGGGAGUAUUGGUGCCUUGCUCGUAAUACUGCUGGUACAGUGUUCAGCGAGAAAGCAUCAUUGACUGUUGCUUAUAUGAGUAACUUGGUUUCCACUGAAAACAUCAGCUUGACUAUAAACGAAGGAGAGGCAGCUAUUUUGAAACCCCCUAGUGUUGAAAGCAUUCCACCAGUAUCCGUAUCCUGGCAAAAGAUUCGAGUUGGACGCUUGCAUGGAAUUAACUAUGCAAUGAGCUUAGAUAAUGAUUUAGUUUUAUUGGCUGUUAGAUACGAAGAUGGAGGUGCAUAUCAGGCAACACUGACAAAUCUCCAAGUUGGAGAAGAAGUUGUUGGAGGCAUGGUGGAGUUAAAAGUUCAAGGUGAUACUAGAGAUUUUGUUCCUGCUGAAAUCAUCAUUCCUCCAAAAGAUUCUGUUUUUAAACAAGGGAUGUAUCCUGCCAAUUUAGAAUGUAUUGUGAAUGCUAGGCCUCUUGAUUCUGUUGAAAUAACUUGGAAAAAAGAUGGCCAAGAUUUGGCAAUGAGUAGCAUUUCUCAUCUCUUGUCUCCAUGGAAUCGCUCAGUCACUUUAUUGAGUGUGGGUCCGAUGCAUAGUGGUAUUUAUGAAUGUGAAGUUAAUAUGCUGGGAAGGGCAUCGCCUGUUGUCAAAGCAUCAGCUAAUGUGACUGUUAUUGUUGAGCCUGCUCUUGUGCGUGGACCAUUUCGGGAAACCAUAUCUGAAAUUAGCAAGACCGUUCAAUUGCCCUGUUCUGCGUCUGGCACUCCUGAGCCUGAAGUUACGUGGUUCCGCAACGCACAGAAAAUUGACAGUAAUGUAAGUGGGCGUUAUGAGAUUCUUCAAAAUGGCACUCUGCUGAUAUCAUCUCUCUCUGGGUCAGAUACCGGAAUAUACCAGUGUACAGCUAAGAACAUUGCUGGGGAAAUAAGUGCAAGUACCUGGCUCCAUGUCAAAACUUCUGCACCUACGUUUCUCAAGCCGCCUUCUAAUGUAACUGUUUUGGUUGGAAAAGAUGCUCAAAUAUCCUGUGAAGUUUCUGGUGCUCCUGCACCAAAUGUUACAUGGUUAUAUAAUGAUUCUUCAGAAAUCCAGAGUGUUGGCCGUAUACAGAUUUUAGACACUGGAAGCUUGCUUAUUGCAUCUGCAGAAUCUACUGAUGUUGGCAAAUAUAGUUGCUUCAGACACAAUUCUGCUGGAUCUGUGCAAGGUUUCGCAUAUUUAACUGUUUUAAUUCGAACGCAAAUUGUCCAGCCACCAGUUGAUACAAGAGUUAUCCUGAGUUCUACUGCUGAAAUACAGUGUAAAGUUUCUCAUGAUCCAGCAGUGCCAUAUUCUGUUCAUUGGUUUUUUGGGAGCAAAGAAAUCACUUCAACACCAAACAGCAGGAUACAGAUUCUUGGUGAUGGCAGUUUGCGCAUCGGACAAGCAAGAAAUACGGAUGUUGGAGUGUAUACUUGCAAAGUAUUCUCAGACGGAGGGAAUGAAACUCGUAAUGCCCGCCUGGAUGUGAUAGAACUUCCUCAUCCUCCCAAUAAUGUGAAAGCAACCCUACAAAACACAUUUCCUAAAGCUGUGAAUGUCAGUUGGUCUAAAGCUUUUGACGGAAACAGUCCAAUAACAAAUUACAUAGUGCAAAUGAGGAUUGUGCCAUCAACAGAUGCAGAGAUGGAAUACCUGUUGCCAUGGGUUACUGCAAAAGCCAAUAUUUCUGGUAAUCAACGUCAUGUAAUGUUGACCAAUUUAAAACCAGCUUCUAGCUAUGAAUUUCGAGUAAGUGCUAUCAAUGGUGUUGGUGAAGGAAAUCCUAGUGCUCCCACUGAAGUGAUUCAUUUACCAUCAGAACCUCCGAGUGGACCACCCCAAGGAGUUGUUGGAGGUGCAAGAUCAUCUACAUCAAUCAUGCUUCAGUGGCAGAACCCUGCUGAAGACGAUCGAAAUGGCAAUUUGUUUGGAUACGUGAUUCGUUAUAAGCUGGCAGGUUAUGCUGCGAGUCCAUGGGCUUACCACAAUGUGACAAAUGAAGCUCAACAUAGUUUCCUUCUCCAAGAUCUGAUUGUGUGGCAAAACUAUGAAAUUCAAGUGGCUGCAUAUAAUGAGAAAGGAGUUGGUGUGUACUCAAGUAGCAUUUACAUUCGAACCAGAGAAGGAGUACCUCAAUCAGCUCCAACUGAUGUUCAUGUUAAAGCCGUUAAUUCAACUGCUAUUUAUGUUUCUUGGAAGCCUCCAGAUCCUCAAUUAAUAAAUGGAAUUAAUCAAGGAUAUAAACUUCAAACUUGGCUGGACAAUCCAGAUUCAAAUGCCACUCCAACUCAUACUGUUUUAGUUGCUCCUAGUCCGCUAGAUCCUUUGGCUGAGCAAGAUUCACAUGUUGGAGGUCUAGAGAAGUACACUUCAUAUCACAUUACAGUUUUAUGCUUUACAAGUCCUGGUGAUGGCCCUCGAAGUGAUUCUGUUAUAGUUACGACUAUGCAAGAUGUUCCUGAUGCUGUUGGAAGUUUGAAGUUUGACAACAUAUUGGAUACUUCUAUACUAGUUAUCUGGAGUGAACCUGAGCGUGUCAAUGGCAUUUUAAAAGGAUACACCUUAAAGUAUUAUGUCAAAGAUGUUUUGGAAACUAUGGUGAUAAAGAACCUUUCUGCUGAAUUUACUCAAGUUUUAGUGACAGACCUUCGACCAAUGACUGCUUAUACUUUUGAAAUAUUUGCCUGGACUAUUGUUGGACCUGGACCGGUGAAAACUGCCACAAUUCAAUCUGGAAUUCCUCCCGUUUUACCCGGUCCACCAACAAAACUAGCCGUUUCGAACAUCGGGGAAUUUUCGGUUGUUCUUCAAUUCACUCCUGGAUUUGAUGGAAAUACUUCCAUCACCAAAUGGACUGUGGAGGCUCAAACUCGAAGAAAUGAAUCAUGGGUGAAGAUUUAUGAAGUUUCAGAUCCGGAAGCCUCCAAUAUCAUGGUGAAAAACUUGAUGCCUUUUACGGAGUACAGGUUGAGACUCAUAGCUACAAAUGUUGUUGGGUCUAGUGACGCUAGUGAACCAUCGAAAAUUUUCCAAACAAUUCAAGCUCCUCCAUCUCAUCCACCAUAUAAUGUUACUGUGAGAGCUGUCAAUGCAAAGGCUUUAAGAGUUCGUUGGACGCCUUUGCAACAAGUAGAAUGGUAUGGUGUUCCUAGAGGCUAUAACAUAUUAUACCGUCCAAUGAUCUUUGAUGAAGAAGCUGAAAAGGUUAUAUCAAAUGAAUCUUUUAAACACAUUAUACUUGAAGAUCACAAUGCCAACAGUUUUGUUAUAAAAGACUUGGAGGAAUUUACAGACUAUGAAAUGUCUGUUCAGGCUUUCAAUGAUGUCGGUAGUAGUUCGCCAAGUUCACCUGCUAGGGAGAAAACUAGAGAAGCUGUUCCAUCGGCCGGUCCAAGUGAAGUUAAGAUAAAUGCAACAUCAUCAACAACAAUCGUUGUAAAGUGGGGUGAAGUUCCUAAGGUUCAUCAAAAUGGGAUUAUUGAGGGCUAUAAAGUUUAUUAUGGAGCAAAAAAUGUCCCAUUUUUGUUUAAAGUUAUUGAAAGUAAUGGCACAUUUACUACAACAUUGACAGAACUGAAAAAAUAUACUUUGUAUAGUGUUCAAGUCUUGGCAUUUUCCCGUAUUGGAGAUGGAGUUUUAAGUGUACCACCUACUUCUGUGCGCACAUUUGAAGACGUUCCUGGAGUUCCCUCAAAUAUUUCUUUUCCUGAUGUAUCUACCACCACUGCACGCAUUUUAUGGGAUGUUCCUGAAGAACCCAAUGGAGAAAUUCUGGCUUAUCGGGUUUCAUAUAAGUUAGAUAAUUCUGUAGAUGCCGAAAUUGUGAAAGAAUUUCCUCCAACUGAGCGUACUCUAAAGGAAGUUAAUCUAAUUCCAGAAAGCUAUUACAUGUUUGCAGUGACUGCACAGACUAAUGAAGGUUGGGGUAAAACUGCUUAUGCCAAAGUAUUUACGACUAAUAAUAGAGAAGCUCCUCAAGCCCCAUCUCCACCAAGAAUAAGCAACUCUCAAGUUCAGGCUCGUCAGAUAACAUUUAGUUGGACUCCUGGAAGAGAUGGUUUUGCUCCAUUGAGAUAUUACACUGUGCAAAUGGCUAAGCAUGAUGAUUCUUGGAAAACAGUUGCUGCCAAAGUAGAUCCCAAUCUGAAUAAAUUUACUGUGGUAAAUUUGAAGCCAUUUACUUCCUACAAAUUUAGAAUACAAGCAACCAAUGACAUUGGUUCCAGUGGUUGGAGCCAAGAAUCCAAUGUUACGUGGACUCUACCUGCUGCUCCAGAAAGGGCACCAAAGCAAAUUACAGCAACGCCAUAUACCACAACAUCGGUAAGAGUCAAUUGGGAUGCUCUUGGUGCUGAAGAUUGGAAUGGUGAUGUUCGCUCUGCCGGAUAUCGUGUUGAAUACUGCCAAGUUUCUGCAUAUUCCAUUCCGAGAAGUGGAGAUUGUCCUGCAGAUAAAAUUCAAGGAGCCAAUACUACCAGACUGUCCUUGCAUCAGUUGGAAAGAGACAGAGUUUAUGAAAUCAGAGUAUUUGCUUAUAACAGCAGAGGUGACAGUCCUGCUAGUCAAACAGUUCAAGUAUUUGUUGGGGAGGCUGUUCCAACUGGUGAACCCAGAGAAAUUCGUGUGGAAGCUAUCAGUGCCACAGAGAUCAAAGUAACCUGGAAGCCCCCUCCACCUGCAUUGCAGAAUGGCGAUUUAUUAGGCUACAAAAUAUUUUAUGAACCACACUCAAAUGAUGGGUUUGAAGAAAUGGAAGCAGUCCCCACUGCAACUACAUCUUUCAUUCUCCUAGACUUGAAAAAGUAUACAGAAUACACUAUUCAAAUACUUGCAUUCAAUCCUGCCGGUGAUGGUCCUAGAUCUGCUCCACAGCGUGUCACUACGAUGGAAGAUAUACCUGGCCCACCAGGACGUCUUGUGUUCAGCGAUGUGACCAUGACAUCCCUGAAUGUCAGUUGGAAUCCUCCAGCUGAACCAAAUGGCGUGAUAUCUGGUUAUUUAGUCACAUAUGAGACAGCUCUGCCUGAUAUAGAUUUCAGUAAACAGGUAAAGCAGAAAGUGACUUACACUUCAUUGAGUGUGCAUGGUUUAGCUGAAGCAGUGGCGUACACUUUUCGAGUUAAAGCAGAAACAUUUGAUUAUGGCCCUGAGUCAGUUGGAAAUAUAACUACUGGACCUCAGGAAGGGUCUCCGUCUUCUCCAGAAGAUUUAAUUUUAAAACAUUCCCAUACUUCUUUGAUGUUACAAUGGAAAAAUGGCCCCCAAGGAGCUUCUCCUAUUAUUGGUUACCUUAUUGAAAAGCGACAGACAAAUGGUAUUGAUGAUUGGCAAACCAUGGCUCUUUUAGACAAUGGCCCACAGACUUCUUACUCUAUUGGUUUUCGGCAUUUGCUUCCAUCAACCUCUUAUCAGUUUCGUCUAUUUUCCCGCAAUAGUUAUGGCAUCAGUUUUCCAGCUUUGUCUCCACAACCAUUUGCUACACCAAGUAAACUUUUCUCAGAAUAUCGAUCUAAGUUGCCUUUCUACCGUGAAGUUUGGUUUUUAGUGGCGUUAGCAUCCGUGAGCAUUGUCAUCAUUAUUCUGGUUGUUGCUGUUCUGUGUGUCAAAAGCAAAGCCUAUAAAUACAAAAAAGAAGCACAGAAAUCAAUUCACGAUGACCACAUGAGCAUGGAUGAUGGAGGAUUUGCAACUUUUGAACUGAGGCAGUCUAAGAGAGGGACACUUUGCAAAAAUUCGCUGGCCAGAAAAAAUAAUAAUGCAAUGCUUACAAAAUCUCCCCCACGCCCAAGUCCAGGUAGUGUCACAUAUUCUGAUGAUGAUGACACCAAAGGCUACGAUGAAAACUGUGAUAGUAGUUCAUUAACAGAGAAACCUUCUGAGAUGAGCUCAUCCGAUCCGGGUUCUGACAGCGAAAGAGAAAGUGAUGGCAAGGCAGAACCACAUUCUUUUGUUAAUCAUUACGCCAAUGUCAACGACACCCUACGGCAAUCGUGGAAACGACAACGGCCCGUCGUCAAGCCACCCAGUUAUACAGACAGCGAACCAGAGGGAAGCAUUCAAGUUAGCUUGAACGGAGGACAUAUUGUUAUGAAUAAUAUGGCAGGAUCCAGAGCUCCUUUGCCGGGAUUUUCAAGUUUUGUAUGAAAAGGAACAAGUGAAUAUGCAGCUAAAAUGUAAUUGACACAUAUUGUUAUUGCAUUAUUGAACUGAAAAAUUUAGACUAUAAAUGUGCCUUCAUAUGCUGUAUAUAAGUGAGAUAUUUAAAACUGUCUUUGUAUUUUUUGUGUCAUGUGUACUUUUAGUAAUGUUCUAAAAUUAAGUGAUGUAGUCAAAUUUUCUUAAAGGGAAACUAAAAUUUUAAAAACUGUGAUUAGAUCCAAACAUUCUUGUUCAGUGAUUUAUG